AUGAACCUGGGGAACUGUGAGCCCCACCAAGGCGCAGGCCAAGGCGGCCGCUGUGCUAACAAGCGCCGCCGCCAGGAUCAGAACGACGGAGUUGAUGACGGCCCGAAAUACCCUUUAGCAAGGCUGUCAACAUUAUCCUUUGAAUGCCCAUUCUCCAAGCUGAACCCCCACCAAUACCCAGAGUGCAGGGGCUACCGAUUAAGCCGGCUAUCGGAUGUCAUGCAGCACAUCAAACGCCAGCACCAUAUACGCGAGGUCAAGAUAAAACAUGAUGCAACAGUACGAGAAGAGGAUGCCGUACUCUAUUGUGCGAGGUGCCGCGAUCUGUUUCGUGGUAUGGGUGCUGCAUAUAGGCUCCGCAUCCAUUCGACAUCGGAACCCCAAUGUCACGAAACCGAUAUCGAACGAUCUGGUGUUACAAUACCCAAGGAGCUCAAAGCCCUGAAAUCAGAACUUGAGCUACACAAGCGAGAAAGUGAAAUGGAAAGGUGGUAUAUCAUCUGGGACAGGUUAUUUCCAGGAAAAGACCGGCCACGAUCUCCCCACGUUGAAAUCAGCGUACCUCGUCUACAGGUGGAGUCGAUACUUCGCGAUGAGCUUCAAUCUAAACAAGGACUUGGGCAAGAGCGAGCCCAGUCGAUUAUUAGACAAGCUACGGAUAGAAUCUACAAAACUUCGCCGCAACCCCGAAGCAGCUCUUCCGUACCCCCACAAGCACAGCCGAAUAAUGUACACACAGCACCAAUACCAAGCUUCCAUACCCCAAGCUAUCUGCCUUCCAACCCGCCAUUUACUUCUCAGGCAUUGCAAUCACAAACGCAAGGUUUUAAUCACAAUGCUGGGCAGCCCAGCGCUGCGGGCGUUUAUGUAACGCCGAAUACGUUUACUGAAUACUGUGCACCAAGUCCAGUUCCAGGUUCUGAAGCAUAUACGAAUUCCGGGAACACCUUUGUUCCCACUGAGUACUCUACUGUUCAUGACUCUUUAUAUUCUGUUACCUCUUAUAAUGGAUAUCCCAAUGCUCCGUUCGAGCCGGCAACGGAAGACCACAACUAUUCGAACGCAUAUGGGAACGAUAGCUCACAUUUCUGA